AUGAAUAAGGGCAAUUACAGUGUACGCUCAAGACCUGCUUCAACGGCCGGGGUGCCAGGCACAUGCGUCACUGCAUCGGCUCCUGACACUAAUUCCCUUGCAUUACUCGUUGCAUUCACUUCCGUGUACCUUCGCGGCCAAUCAAUGGUUCCUCAUCUUUCUGCUAUUGCUCAAAGCAAUGCUGCUCUUGUUGGAGGUCUUAAAGGCGCUCCAGUGGCUGUUUUUCUUGGAGGAACAUCUGGCAUUGGUCAAGGGCUUGCGGAAACUUUCGCACGGUGGCGCAACGGCAAUGCGCACAUUAUCAUUCUUGGACGGAACGAGGCCGCUGCACGAGAUAUCAUUGCCCAUUUCCCCAAGCCCACCGCUUCUGGGGCUUCAUGGAGCCACGAAUUCAUCCAAUGCGACGCGACCCUUAUGAAGAACGUUCGCGCUGCUGCUGAGAAAAUACUCUCUAAACAUCCCAAAGUCAAUUACCUCGUCAUGACCCCGGGAUAUUUCUCGACAUCUGGAAGAGAUGAGACGUCAGAAGGGAUCGACAAGAAGCUUGCAGUGCAUUACUACUCUAGGUGGAGGCUUACAUAUGAUCUCCUACCUGCAUUGAAGAAGGCCAAAGAGGAGGGAGAACACGUGAGAGUGCUUUCAGUGUAUUCCACAGGCUAUGGAGGGCCAAUCAAUGAGGAUGAUUUUGGGCUGAAGAAAACAUUCUCGAUGAAAAAUGCCUUGGAGUCAGCUGCAACAUACAAUGACUUAAUGGUGGAGGCAUUCCAUGAACGAAACCCUGGCAUCGUCUUCUCUCAUGCAUUUCCUGGCGGCGUCUCCACCAAUCUCAUGAGCUCAGCACGUACCCCUUGGAUGCGGGCUGUUGCGCCUGUUGUGAACACUCUCACCAAACCGUUCCUCGUUACCCAAGAUCAAUGUGCUGAGUAUCUAUGGUCAGGCCUUCUCAAUACGAAUAUUGGUGCGUAUAGAAUGGGGAGAAGGGGAGAAAAUCUUGGGAAGCAAGGAUAUCACGGGAACGAAAAAUUGAGGCAGAAGCUUUGGGAGCAUUCAAAGGAUGCCACUGAUGUAUGA